UAUUAUUUUGCCUAUUUCACCGAUAUUGAUCAGGCAUUCAACCACCUCAAAUCAACUUGGGAUAACAAUUCUGCAAAUACUUCACCCUCACUUUCUAUAUCUGAUCUCUAUGAUACAAACUCUCAACCCAUCACUAUACCCGCUUACUCUUCUUCCGCAUUUUUGAAGGAUGCAGCAGUAUUGCCAGCUGAACCUAUGCAACGUAAAUCAUCCUCCUCUUCUAUUGUCGCCAAUGCAUUAGCAGUACCCAGUGUCAUCAAGGAUUUUCUUUCUCCAAAUAAAACCGCAACUGCACAGCAGCAAGUAUCAGACCAAGAAGCCUAUUUUUCCAAUACAGUGUUCAACGGUAAUGACUCGAGCUCAGAGGAUGAAGAUGAGCCUAAUAUAGGUUGGCUGUAUGGUACACGUCGUUCAGGGCUCAAGUUUAUGUACGGCUUACUAAGAGGAAGCAAAUCAUCGGGAACUUUAUCAUCAGCUAUUGUUGACAGCGACGACAAUGACGACGACGAUGACGAUGACGACGACGACGAGGAAGAGGAAGAUGCUGAUACAAGGCCGUUAGCGAUGGAACACCACCAUCCCAUUGCCGCUUCAUUUCCACCACAGACUGCGGACGAGACGGAAGUAUUGAACGACCGUACUGUCAUGAAUUUUAAAAAGUACUUCCUUUUGCCAGAAACCGAACAUUUGAUUGCUGGUAAUAUAGUCAGGGUUAUUUCGAGAUACAGAAGCCUACUUGGAUCAUUCUUAUGCUUAGCAAUUCACAUUCUAAAUAGUCUUUCGUUGUUCUUUGAUGAAGACACUACCCUGUUAUGGAAAGCUAUACAUAUCUCCAAACUAUAUAUCCUUCAAUUCAAAAGGUUUUGCUACAAAAGCCAAGGUGAACUAAGGAAACACAACCGGCAUUGA